GACAGACAAAUGGACGAACGUGCGGACCUACGGGCGCCCUCCCUCGCCCAAUCCCACCGUAACGCUCACCACAGUUGCUUCGAUUCGACGUAAACGCAACGAAAGCGAAGAACUAUCGUCACCGUUUGUCGAGAACUGAAAUUUCGCUCGCGGCAAACGCGUGCGAAACUGACAAGCCAACGGUAAAUGAGCGACAAGCAAUCGACACUCGACGAUUUAUCGGCCACUUGACGUCGCGCAGGACCGCCAGAUCUAUUGUGGGCAGAUCUCGGCCCCUAAACUUCUCCACGCAUGUAAAAGGGACGCUGCGUGGCGAGGUUGACGUCGCGCGCCGGAUUACACUUCAUUCUGCAAGACCGGAUAAAGUGAAAAAAAUUCUGAAAUUUGCGGAAAAUUUGACGAAAAGGAACGACAAUCAAGGCGGAAAUUUAAUACUGUGUAGCGUUGCUUAGAGAUAAAUCUAGAGCUAUAAGCAUCAUGGCUUAACGAAAAAUUGCAUCCUGUCCAGACAGCUAAAACGAAAGCUUGAUAUUGACAGUGGCUGCUUUGGGACGUAGACUGUGCUUGUGAUUCAAGAUGAACAGAAAGAGACACAGGCUGUGUUUGUGAAGACGAAAAGUGGCUCACGCGUUAAUUCUCGAAGUUCUCUCUGGUUGAUGAAGCUCUGUUGUACCAGAGUCUUGUCUUGGAUGUUAGUGCAGUUUCUUUGCAGUAUAACGGAAUUACAACAUGAAUGUUAGUUUCGUAUUCGAGCAAAGGUGAGGUCGUGCGUGUAGCUGUGAGUGAUACCUUACCGCAAUAAAAAUGAACGAUCAGGAAACUUCCACCCAAUGUGCGAUAGCUUUUCCCACGAGGAUCUACUUAUUAGAGGUGUAGCUCGAUGUGAUACGUUCUGCUUUAGAAGAAAAAGGAUAUACACUCAGCAUUCUCCCAAACGAUUUUUUCCACAUACGACGCUACGAAUUUAACUUCCACUGCGUUCCAAGACUAGGCUGUUGGCCGAAAAUCUGUCCGCUGAUUAUCAGCCGCCGGUAGCGUCUUCCUCGUUACUGAAGCACCAUGAGCUUCGAAACCGAGCCUCCGAUAGCGGGGUCGGACGAGAGCGGACUUUUGUCCAGUGCUAGUGUGCCAAUAGCGUCGCUAGCGGAAACAAGUGGCGGUUCGAUCAACUCGUCCGUUCUCGAAAUGUUCGAAAUGAUUCCGGCCUCGAUGAUGCCAAACCUGUCGAACAUUAGCGCCGCUCAGUGGAGCUCAGUGCAUCGCCUGCUAAUGGGAAAUCGCUCGGACGACAAGCCCGCCGAAGAGAAGUUCGAGGAAGAAACCCAUCAGCUAGCGGCACCAAUACUCUUCCUUUUUCUCAGCUUCAUGUUUGGUGCGUUCGUUCGGUUCUCGAUGAAGCGUUUGCAGAUUAAUCUGCCGUACACAGUCGUACUAUUCGUUUGUGGAGCCUUUGUUGGCUUAGCUUCGCACGCUUACCCUGAAGUAUUCCAGCUUUACACAAAGCCCGCAUCCAUUGAUCCGAAGAUUCUGCUUCACGUUUUCCUACCGAUCCUUAUCUUCGAAAGUGCAUUUGCCAUGGACGCCCACGUUUUCAUUAAGUGUUUCUCUCAGUGCCUAAUUAUGGCCGUGCCAGGAUUAAUUAUAUGCGCAAGUCUAACGGCGUUCAUGUCUAUGAACCUGUUUCAUGCGUACAACGCCUGGUCGUGGCAUUACGCCUUUCUUUUUGGAGCCAUCCUUUCGGCCACUGAUCCAGUUGCAGUCGUAGCCCUUCUCAGGGAUAUUGGCACUUCGAAAGUUCUCACCACAAUCAUCGACGGCGAAGCGCUGCUUAAUGAUGGCUCGGCAAUCGUCAUCUAUGAAGUCCUUCUUGCGAUGCUCAUACCAGGAAAUGAAAUGAACGCUGGCGGAGUUGUUCUCAUGUUCUGCCGAAUAUCUAUUGGAGGUCCUGUGCUUGGCUAUGUUAUGGGAAAAGUGACAAUUUUCCUUUUGGCAAAGGUAUUCAACGAUUCGGUAAUCGAGAUUACCAUAACGAUCUCGUCGGCUUACAUCGCAUAUUAUCUGGCAGAAAUAACGUUUCACGUAAGCGGAGUUCUGGCUGUUGUCGCACUUGGAACGGUACUGAGCGCCAACAAAGUUGCCAUUAGCCCCGAAGUUGAAGAAUUUGUGCAUAGUUUCUGGGAGAUGAUGUCAUAUUUAGCGAACACUCUUAUCUUCAUUAUCGUUGGGGUGCUCAUCACCGAGCAAGCUCUUCGUUAUAUUGAACAAAACGACCUAUUUCUCAUACUUGUAACCUACAUCGCGGUCACUGUGUUCCGAUUCUUCAUGAUCGGGGUGCUCUCACCAUUCCUGUGUCGCCUGGGUUAUGGACUUCAAUGGCAGGACGCUGUCGUCAUGACUUGGGGAGGUCUACGAGGCGCUGUUGGUCUGGCGUUAGCUUUGUCAGUUGCGCGCAAUCCAUACAUCGAGCACCCGGAGGUUGGCCAUAAGAUUUUGAUUCAUGUAAGCGGUAUCGUCAUGCUGACUUUACUCGUAAAUGCUACGACGACAAACAUGCUACUUCGUGUUCUUGGUAUGAACGCAUUGUCCUCCUGGAAACGCGCCAACAUGAGAAAUGCUGUCAAUUUAAUAACUGACGUACAAUAUCGAGCGGUGGAUGUCACUAAAGAUGACGUAUUUCUCGGCGACGCCGACUGGACGUACGUUAAAAACUACAUCGAAAUCUGUGAUCCCUAUGAGGAGAAGGAGAUACAGGAGUCGUCGGAGAAGAGUUUCAAAAUGGCGAAAAAGCGACGUUCGCAAUCAAUCAUGUUGCGCCAGGCAGAUCUGCCUCAACAGCAUCUUUGCGCCGACUGCGCCGAUAAACACUUAUGCUUUCCAUCGCUGCAGGACCAUGAAGACCUACUUAAUGAAGCACGUCUCCGACUUAUUAACGUUCAAAAGGUCAACUACUGGCAUCAAUUCGAAAAGGGUCUCCUACUGCGCGAAAGUGUUCUAACUCUUGUACGGGCAGCAGAUGUUGUUGCCGAUAAACCUGGUGCCUUCUUGACUGUAUCUGAUCUUCGAUCCAAUUGGGAGAUUCACGGUGUGCAUCGAUGGCUGCAAACGCACUUUGUCAACAAGAUCCAGGCUUGGAAUGAAAGCAUGCGGAACUCUUCGGAAAGUAAACCCCUUAGUAGACGCUAUCAUCGAGUUGUUGCUGAUCCGUAUUUCCGUUUCUUCACGUCGCUGGUUGUUCUCGUCGAUAUGAUCUGCUCCGUUAUCGAAUUCAUUCUACGAUUGCAUCGGGAGCCUGAAAACCUGACGGUGCGAAUCUUGCGCUUUACUAACGUCGCAUUUGUGGCUUUCUACGCUGCCGAAGCUAUUUUAAAGAUGUUAACGUAUGGAUUCAAGCCGUUCUUUUCGACACGCUGGAAUCGAAUGGAUUUCCUUCUUCUGAUAGUCUCCGUUAUGGCGGCGUGCCUGGAGAUGGUGAUCGAAUUGCUUGGCACGUUCCGUAAUUCUCCGUAUGCCCUACUCAUUCGGUUCAGUCGACUUCUCCGUCUCCUAAACCUCAAUAGACUUCUCCGAAUUCUUCUGCCGAUAGGAAACAAAAUCGCUCGUUGGGUUAACGAUAAAAUUAAUGAGAGGAUAACAGCCGGAUACGACAUUGGCAGAGGGUUCGAACUUGGCCAGCUUGAAGUGAGUCGAGUUGUCGACCGGAUCGUUCAUUACAAACCGAUAGCAGAAAGACUUCAACAGAUAUGUAAUGAAAGCCGUCUUGAUAUGGUGCGUGAAUUAGCCUACCUCCAAGACCGCUAUCCUGAUAUCGCAGUAGCUGUAAAAACCCGCCGAGCUGCUCGUCACAUACUUAAUACGUCUCGCAGUGAACUAAAUGACUUGAAAAAGGGAGGCCUUCUAGACGAUACCGUGUACCAAACUCUGCAUCGGAAGAUACAGAUGAAAAUGAUGCAUUUACGGUGCGCACCAUCACGUAUGGAUCCACGACCGGCAGUUCAAACCCUAAAGAACUUGAGUUGGAUAGCAGGUAAUGAGGAGACUUUCAGGUUCUUCAGGGAGAACGUCACACUUCGCCACCUAAUGGCUGGCACGACACUGUGUCGACAGGGCGAUAUAUCUGAUGGAUUGUAUCUUAUUAUCGUAGGAGUUGCUAAGGAGGAAGGCCAAGUGCAGUUGGACCGUAUCAAUGGAGGCCUUCCAGUCAUCGAUUCCUACCACUGGUUCUCGUCUGAUGCUACUCACUCAGCUAACCCUUCCCAGUUAAAAGAUAUUCUAACAACAGGAAGCUGCAUCGGAGAGAUCAGUUAUCUAACGAAAAGGCCCCGAGAUACAAACGUGAUCUGUGAAACCGACGUUAAGGUUUACCACAUCAAGGGUCAGGUUUUGGAUGCAGCGUUUCUGUUUCAGUCGGGUGUUCAAGGGAAAUUCGUUCGCUCGGUAGCAUUACGUAUUUCUCGAGAAAUUCUGUCGAUGGAGGCAAAAUGCGAGGACUGGACGACGAACAAAAUCAUGUUACACCUCGACGAGGCCAUCGUUCACGACCUUUCCUCGCAGAAGAUAUUCAACGUUCUGCCGGGUACAGAGGACGUCAUUCUAGUGCAGGGCUGCGCAUCCGAUGGAUCUGGCAACGGCGAUACGUACUGCGGGCCCUGUUACGUGCCGAAAACGGUCACUUCGCUUAAGUUUGAUAUGAUUGCGGCACAUCUGCCGAUUUUGGUAACUGUGGGCGGUACAGAAACCGAAGAGGGUACGCCCGGAACAGGCAAUCCCCACUUACACGGCGGGCCGCAUGGACUUUUCUUUUCGAGUGGAUGGGCUGAAAAAGUGCGGCACCUAUCCGUCUCAUCACAGUUCGGCAAAGGACAUUAUCGGGGUGGAGAGCUGGGGGAAAUAGUCCGAAAGCGCUCGUUUUCCGAGCAUUCCACCAGUACGCGUCACCUCGUGGCAGCCCGUUCGAAGACCCUGGGCGCCCCUGCUUCACUCCCACUUAGCGCGGCAGAGCUCGAGUUAUGUGAACGUGCUGAAUCUGUCGCUGAACUGCCGAAACACAACAUGCCGUGGAUGGUAAGUGGCAGUCUUCGAGGGAGGUUCAAUAUGGCUGAUACGAUGCACCCCAUCUCUGCUCCGUCUACAGCAACAACAGAGGAGGACGGCAAGCAAAUCGGCCGUCGGGACCACAUCAAUCACGGAUUCGAACCAGACUCAUGCAGUAUUGUCUUUAAUUCGGAAGACGAGACGGAGAGUGGUGAAGCAAAUAUUUUGAACGAUGUCGGAAAUAUUGAUGAAGACGCCAAGUCUGAAACACUGUCCCAGCGCUUGUAGUUAGCGGAAGACAGCAGCCGGGUGGUUGGAGUGGCAAGAAUAUGGCAUCUACUGCGCCGAAACCAAAGCCAGAACCACGUCGCCCUUGAAGAAACAAACUGACGACUUAACUCUUCGUUUUACUGGAAGAUCUACAGGGAGAUACUGCCCACCUGUUUCAAUGCCAGCAGGCGAUAGAAUCGUCGACCCUUGCGUCCCUUAUCGCGUAAAUCAAUCCGCAUUCUCCAUAAACGCGCUGUACAAGCAGGGGAAUACGGCAGUCCUGUUGAUGCGGCGUUCAAAAUCACGUGGUAGAUUGGAGUGAUCUAUUAAUAAAGAAGCUGACCCAGACAACCUGAAGGGGCCGAGGAAUCAAUACGCUGAGAUAAGCUGGCCAAUCGAGUUAACUGAUCGCAUGUCAGAUAAAAUAUAGAAGCAAUUAAUUAAUUAUCAUCUGUUUGUUAGAUAAAAUAUAGUAGAUAGGUAAUAAUAGUUGUUCGUUAUAAUCAUUAUUAUUUUGUCACAUAUGUAAGGAAUUCAGAUAUUGCCUCUAUUGAUAUUUCUCUGUGAAUAUAUCGAUUUGCACUUAAUCCUAAUUGUGCCGAGCAGCAUCUUCAGCUUUAUUCAACAUGAUGGAGCUAAAGAGCCACUUAUGAUAGCGGUAUGCUACAUCAUAAUGUGCGAUAGUGAUGAUCACUUCAUUUUUCCUCAUAUCAUGAUUUUGCUAUCAUCAAGGACAAUAAACAGUCUUCAAUAAACAUGUUUCUCGAAUCGAGCAUCACCGUGUCGAGACGAACGUAUCGUAAUGUUAAACUAUCGUUCUUUGUUAAUGUUGAUGUUCUUCGAAAUGACCACUUUAUAGCCCCUUCUAAUAUGUUAGUCUUUGAUAGACUAUAUAUAUAUAUAUAUAUAUAUAUAUAUAUAUAUAUGAAAGGAUAAAUGUUUUUUUUGUAUUAGUUUAAUAUAUCUUGUGCGGUCGUGCUAUGAUGAUCUUAUGUUUUGAAUUGCCUGUGUGACAACUGAGUGCUGAUGACUGAAUGGCCAUUUAUUGAUCGCACACAUGACGCUGUGUCCAAAGUUUCAAGCAAACAAUGUAAUGAUGACUGAAAUCAGGCGAAGUAAGAUAGAUGAGAAUCUAUUUGUCGUGAUGAUGUGAAACUCUGUAUGAUGUUUUGUCAGGUUUAUAGAAAUCCAAAGGUAUCCAGGACCUAGGCACAUGGCAUCGGAUGUCUGACUCCGAUACAUGACAGAGGGUCGUGUGUACGCUUAUAAAGGAUGAACUUUGUGGGAGGUUCACGCUUAACUUGAACCGAUAAGCGGCACCUCUAAUCGCUGACGCUAUUAUCAUUAUAUAUGUGUAAGAAAAUCGGUCAGAAUAGAUGCGCGAAUGAUGACUAGUGGUUUAAGUUCUGGUUCAACAGCCGCUCGAGUUAUUGACCCUCGAUGAAGAAUGAUAUAUUAGUUACCACAUCUACAUGUGUUUCAAGAUAAAGCCUAUUUUUCUAGUUAGUCUAUUGAUUCUUGAUUUUCUGCGAACGUGAAGACUACGAGUCUACUAAAAGGCGAAAGCUCUUCAGAUUGUCAUUUAACACCUGUUGAUCGUUCGUAGGUAACCAGCCGUUUACUGUGGUGGUGGUGGUGGGAAAAAGGACUUAAAAUAGAGUAAAUAUUAUGAUGGUUCAUAUUCCAACACAACUUUACGUACGGCCUGCGAGCACCAAUGUUUCCAGCACAUUUUGCCGUUUAACUUUCAAAAUAUUCAAUUUAAUGUGAUGUUUCUCUAGCGUACUUAUAGCGGCACUUAGCAACUGCAACGGCAAGAAAGUUACUAUUUCGUAAAUUGCAAGCCUAUUCGCUAUGUACCUACUGAAUAAUGUAACAUGGCUGUGGAGUGCUGUUACUUUAUCUAUAGGCAAAUAGAUUGGUUCGAUCUCAGUAGCUCUUUCGUCGACGCGGCACUGAGCUGAAAAUGGAGAGAAAACGAACGACAUCUCUUCUAUCGACCGGCACGGAAUGACAUAAGUUACGUACGUUUGACCAAUUUCGUAAUUGCAUUUAUUAGGGAGGAACAUCUUUUUUGUGUUGGUCAAGGGACCAGGCAAAUUCAACAUGUAAGCAAUUGUUAUUUAAGUUUUAGAGUUUCAUCGACAUUGAAGGUGUUGAAGCGAUGUGUUGUUGCAGCAAAACGUACCGCGGACGGCAGCCAUUGUAUAUACGUAUAUUGCGUGAGUAAGAGUCGAAGCUUUCACAGUCUCCUAAUAUUACUACUAUUAUUUAUUUGUAUCAAUUAUUUUAUUUACGUACGUGCAUCUUAACAGAGCAACACGAGGACGGUGCUGAUAGUAAAAACUCGCGUCCAUGAAUCGGACGAAACUAUAGGAAGCAUGCACUGCUAGCAUGUGUUAUUUUACAGAUUAAUAUAAUACAUAGAAAAUAAAUAUAAACAUAUAUAAUAUGUAGAAAAACGCCUACUACAACUAGUAAUAGUAUGCUCUGAUAUAGGCCAGCAACGCUCCUUCAUUGACCGGCAUUUUCCCGCCCCUGGAUGGGAUCAUUGUUGGUUUAAUAUGUCCGUGACAAAUGACAGUGACUAUCUCAUGUAACGGAAAUCCGUCCAGAUGUAAUGACUGUUGCCACUGAUCAACAAGGAAAAGGAUGAUUUAAACCAUUUCUUAAUUACCAUUGUUGCCAAUCUGUAUUGUUCUAUGGCUGUAUAGGUAUUGACAUGACCAAUAAAUUAAACCAUUGUAAUACAUUGACAUACUGUAACGGCCAACGGUGCCG